GCAGUACACAUGCCAAUUGGUCGCAGUACACUGAACAAAAUCAGCGUGUCAAGGAUGAAAAUCAUAUUUUUCGUGCACAUUCUUACCAGGAUUUUGUAGACGUAACACAUUAAUAUACAACAGAAUUUGCUGUCGAUCUACCCUCAAAAGAAUCCGAGCCAUCCAACAGUUUGCAGAUGGAGACGGACACAUAUAAAAAUGAAGAUGAGAACAAGCGCAGAGGAAACUGGUCACUCAAACUGGACUUCCUGCUUUCCUGUCUGGGAUAUGUUGUCGGACUUGGGAACGUGUGGAGAUUUCCCUAUUUGUGUUACAGAAACGGAGGAGGAGCAUUUCUUAUUCCUUACUUCAUAGCCUUAGCAUUGAUAGGAAUCCCUAUCCUGUUACUGGAAUUUACUCUCGGUCAGUACUCCAGCUCUGGACCACUGACCUGUUGGAAGUAUUCUCCUAUGUUUGCGGGGGUUGGUUAUGCAAUGAACUGCGUGUCUUCGUUUGUUGGUAUCUACUACAACAUGAUUUUGGCCUGGGCUCUCUUCUACUUGUUUGACUCUUUCAGGAGUAAUUUACCCUGGAAUUCUUGUGGGGACUGGAGUACAAAUUUGUGCUAUUUUAAUGUGAAGAUUUUGGAUACCACCUCAGAAACUUGUGAAAAGAAUCGCUUUAAUAACCAGUCACUUAAUCCAUGGAUUGCGAAUGAAACACAGGGAAUAUGUUACGUAGAAAAUCUUGUAAACAAAAAAGAAGGAGUGAGGGCUUUCUUUAAUGAAACUAAGGCUAAAAAUUACUUUCCAAGAGUGAUUGCCUCUCAGGAGUACUUUGAUCGCUAUGUGACAGGUUCUGCAUAUAGUGAAGGAUUUUUUGACCUGGGGGAAGUCCGCUGGCAGCUAGUUCUGUGUUAUUUGUUGGCGUUUAUUUUCGUUGUACUGGCCCUCAGUAAGAGCAUCAAAACUUCUGGUAAAGUUGUAUACUUCACGGCUACGUUUCCUUAUGUGGUCCUAAUAAUUUUGCUUGUACGUGGAUUAAUGUUAGAGGGAAAAGAGAAAGGAAUUAAUUUCUACAUGACACCAGAUUUGUCUAAACUGAAGGAUGCACAAGUAUGGAAAGACGCCGCCGUUCAAAUUUUCUUUUCUCUGUCAGCUUCCCAGGGUGGACUCAUAGCUCUGGCUAGUUAUAAUGAAUUCCAUAAUGAUGUCAUCAGAGACACCAUGAUUCUUGCUUUUGGAAAUUGUCUAACCAGUAUUUUUGCUGGUUUUGUCAUUUUCUCUUAUCUGGGACAUCUGUCAGAAAUGUUGGGCGUUCCUGUAGAGGAUGUUGCUACAAGCGGACCAUCUUUGGCUUUUGUUGUCUACCCUUUUGCUGUUACACAACUUCCGGUUGCUCCUCUUUGGUCCAUUCUAUUCUUCCUCAUGUUAAUUACACUUGCUGUGGACAGUGAGUUUGUGCUGGUUGAGACGGUCGUAACGUCAAUGCUGGACAAGAUCCUCAAAUUCCGGGACCACAAGUUAUUCACUGUUAUUGGUGUUUGUACAGUGAUGUUCUUGCUUGGGCUUACCAUGACAACAAAUGGCGGUAUAUACAUGAUAGAGAUAAUGGACACAUAUUCCGGUGGAUGGGGCGUGCUGUUUAUCGCCAUAUUUGAGUGUAUUUCCAUAGCAUGGAUUUACGGUGUGUCCAGAUUUCUGGACGAUCUUUUGCUGAUGGUUGGCAAACGAUUCUGUUGUUGUGUUCCUUUUACCAUGUUGAAGUAUUGGUGGGUGUUAUGUUGGUGCUGUGUCACUCCCUUGUUUUGUGCUGUCGUAAUGAUAUUUUCCUGGGUUGACUACACUGGACUAGCAAAUAAACAACACUUUUAUGCCUAUGCUGACCUUAUUGGAUGGUUGAUGACACUGACUGUAGUUGUGUCCAUCGUUGGGACUGCUAUAUACUUGGUCUCUCAGCAAUAUGGAGGUCUUGCAGAGAAGCUUAAUGCAGCUGCUAGCCCUACUAUUGAAUGGGGACCCGCCCUAAUCAAACACCGCCGAGAGGCUUUGCCUCACUCCAAAAAAUAUGGCAGAGCCUUUGUGGUUGAACUUAAUGUUGAUGGUCAGGACAAGGAGACCCAGUCUACAAAUAAUGACCAAUUAGAAAUGUCUAUAGAAACAUCUGCAGAUGAAAACAGAAGUCCAGUCUUGCACGCUGAAAACCAUGACAUACAACAGGAUCAAAAUGUGAAUCAUUAAGGUGUUCCUAUACUUACAUGUGAAAGCUAGUUUUCGGACUUCUUUGAAGUCAGACAGCAAAAGGAUAAAAUUCUUUAUUCAUCACUGAAAUAUAUGUAUAUAAUGAAAGUGUGUUAAUAUUGGGUAUUUAUUAUAAAAAGGUAUUUAAUUUAUUGAAUACAUACUCGUUCCAGUGAAACAGCAAAUACUAGUAUAUGAUCGUUGUAUUUCACUCACUAAGAUUUUAUUUCAGUCCAAUUGCAGGACUGAAUUUAAUCUUAAGAAUAUGUAAUAAAAUAAAAGACUAAAAAAUAAAUUGGCGUAGCAAGUCAAAAGUGAAUUUUUU